AUGGUCCUGACACAAGUUGCAUCGGCAAACCUCGAGGGCCUCUGCUCCAAGGAGCAGCUUGAGCUCCUCAACACGAUUGAUUCGCUGCGAUCGCAAGGGAUCAGUCAUUACAUCUCUCUGCCUCAAAUCAUUGUGUGCGGCGAUCAGUCGUCUGGAAAGAGUUCUGUCCUCGAGGCCAUAUCGGGUGUCUCAUUCCCCGUCAGUACCGGUCUCUGUACGCGUUUCCCGACGGAACUCAUCCUUCGAACGGCACCGCAUAUCUCGGUCAAGGUCUCCAUCAUCCCGCACAAUCCACUUCGCAGAGACAAGCAAAGUCCUUCCACCGAUUUCCACGAACAGCUCGACUCGGUUCAGCAGCUGCCGGAGCUCAUUGAAAAUGCAAAGGCAUACAUGGGAAUCAAGACCCUCGGCAAGGCAUUCUCCAACGAUGUCCUUCGCAUUGAAAUCAGCGGACCGGAUCGUCCUCAUCUCACUAUUGUCGACCUCCCGGGGUUGAUUCACUCCGAGACCAAGAACCAGUCGGCCUCGGAUGUUCAUCUCAUCACCCAGAUUGUCAAGAACUUCAUGUCAAAGAAACGAAGCAUCAUCCUAGCGGUCAUAUCCGCAAAGAACGACUACGCCAACCAGGUCGUCUUGAAGCUGGCCCGCGACACUGACCCACGAGGCCUUCGCACGCUCGGCAUCAUCACUAAGCCAGACACUCUCGCCCCUGAUUCUUCGAGCGAGAAGAGCUACAUCUCCCUCGCCAAGAAUCUGGACGUAGUGUUCCGGCUCGGAUGGCAUGUCCUCAGGAACAGAGAUACGGACGCAGACACGUGGUCUCUGGCGCAGCGAGACACGCAGGAGAAAGACUUCUUCUCCAAGAGCGCUUGGGCGAGCUUGCCCGAGUCAAGCUUGGGUAUCGCGUCUCUUCGAAGUCGACUGAGCAAACUGCUGUUGCAUCAGAUUGCGUCUGAGCUGCCGAGCCUGAUGAGCGAGAUCUCUCGCGAGAUUGCUUCUUGCGAGACGGAGCUCAAGAAAUUCGGCGACCCUCGCACAAGCCCCCAAGAGCAGCGACUCUAUCUGAUUCAGAUCAGUCAGUUGUUUCAGUCUCUGAUGCAGGCCGCAGUUGACGGCACCUAUACGGAUCCCUUCUUUAGCGACUCCGAGUCCGACGCUGGCUAUCCCAAGCGCAUCCGUGCCAUUAUUCAAAACCUCAGCCGUGACUUUGCCAAGGAAAUGGCGGAAAGAGGUCGAUUCUACAGGGUCGUGGACUCCUCCAAGAAGAGCGAGACAACCAGCAGCCAUAUCUCGCUCACGAAAGAUGAAUUUGUCACCAGAGUCGUCGACAUGAUGGCCCAUCGACGUGGCCGAGAGCUGCCCAAUUCCUUCAGCCCGACGAUUGUCACGGAUCUGUUCCGGGAGCAGUCACAGCUGUGGGAAUCGAUUGUGAAGCGUCAUGUGAAGCGGGUCUGGAGUGCGGCCCAAGUCUUUGUGGACGACUUGGUCUCCCACGUCUCUGAUCUGGAGACAAACGAGGCCAUUACGACGGCUGUUGUGAAGCCCAAGAUGGAGGCUGUGCUGGCCAGUCUUGAACUGAAGACGGCAAAUCUGCUUCAGCUGUAUCGGAAAGAUCAUCCAAUCACAUAUAAUAGUGAUUUCACCGAGGCUCUCCAGAGGAUUCGUCUCGAGCGGCAUUCCGACAAGCUUGACGGCAUUCUGAAGUCUCACUUCCCCAAUGCUUCUCUCGAGAGCACCAGCGUACAUCUGGGCAGCAACACGUAUGUGAAUUUCCAGAGCAUGAGGCGGCAAUUGGUGCAAAGUGUCGAGCCAGACUUAUAUCGUUGGAGUGCGGCCGAAGCACUGGACAGUGCUGAGGCCUAUUAUGAAAUCGCCUUCAAGCGAUUCAUCGACGAGAUCUCGAUCCAGGUCAUUGAAACAGGAUUAGUCGCCGAGAUUCGCGAGAUCCUCAGCCCUCUGGCCGUAGCCAAGAUGACAGAUGACGAAAUGGAAGCCAUUGUUGGCGAAAAAGAGAGCAUACGCGUGGAGCGCAAGAAGCUCGAAGCCAAGCUCAAGCUUCUCAGCGACGGCUCCGAGACAUGCAAGAGGUUCUCUGGAUUUCGAACGUUAGGUACUACCCUCUGCUGA